UAGGAGAAGAAUGUUAACCACAUGGCCUUAGCACCAUAUUCUGCUUUCUGAUCGCUUUCAUUAAAGAAAAAUCCCUCUUUGAGAGAGGAAGGAAGACUGUGGAAAAUAUAGAACGUCACACCCCAUCUUAAAAAAGAAUUUUGAAAUUGUGAAUGACAGGUAAUGACUUCUUCCUAGAGCAUUCAAUUUGGAAUGUGGGCAAACAUAUUCAUCAGUGAGCUUCAUCUGUGAAGUCAGUGUGAAGACAAGAAAAAAGCAGGCAAGUUCCAGCCUUUCAAGAAGUUAUUUGGGAAACGAAAGAAGAGGGAACCUGUGUCAGAUUGCGAGGAAACCAAACUGAAGCCGAGCCACUCCUUUGGAAAUGUCUGCAAUGGUACCUUCUCCUCUGAUGAAGAGCCAAACACUGGGCUGAGGUCUUCCCAUUAUUCUAUGGGCAGUCGAGCUUUUUCCCAUGACAGUAUUUUUAUACCUGAUGGGAGAACAGAGAGUGAACAGGCCAUCCAAGCAAUGUCACAAGAGAACGUUUUAGGAAAAGUCAAAACUCUUCAGCAACAGUUGGCCAAGAAUAUAAAAUUUGGGCAGCCUCCGCAAAUGACAAUUUCUGGGAGGACAAUGGGGGAGGCAAAUGCUAGUGUAGAAGAGGAUGUGUUUCUCGGUAGCCUCAUGGAGGUUGACUCUCAGCAGGACACGGUGCUCUCAGAGAGUGGUAAUAAACCAGCAGACACUCCAGAUCUGUUGAGACCAAUGGAUUUGCCUGGAACAGGACAAAUGGAAGAAAAGGUAACUCCAGUCAAGUCAUCCCGGCCAAAAAGACAAUUCUCCUGUUCUGGCACAAUUGAAACAAUCAAUCUGGAUGCAGUUCCCCAGGCUGUUGCUCGUCUAGACAACAGUGCAGCUAAACACAAACUGUCCGUGAAGCCAAAAAAGCAGAGAAUGUCCAGAAAACACAAGAGAUUAACAAAGGGAUCACAAAGCUUAACGAUAACAGAAUUUGAGCCAGAGGAUCUAGAGACUGAGCUGUUUGUAGACAGAUAUCCAGGUUAUAAUGGACACAUCACUGCAGACAAACUAAUCCAGAACAGAGAUGAGCCAAAGCAGCUUCAGCUGGCAGAGGAGAAAAGAACUGAAGAUCACUGGGGGAUCCUUGAAGCUGAAAAGAUAAGGCAGAUUGUAGAAAUGGAUGAACAGAGAGAACUGGAAGAACAAAGGUGCCAAGAGCUGGAGGAGCAGAUGCAAAAAGAGCAAGAGAGAAGGGACAAUGAAAAAGAGAGUAGUCAGUAUCUCCUCGAAGGAGACAUAUCUUCAAAAACUGAACUGCAAACCUGCCAGGAAGAGGAGAGAAGACUGCUGGAGGCAGAGAAGAGGCAAGAGCUGGAGGACCAGACAUGCCAGGAACUGGAAGAGCAGAGACAGAAGGAGUUGGAGGAGCAACAGAGAGAAGAGCUGGAGCAGCAGAAGUGCGAGGAAUGGAACAAGCAACAGAGACAGGAACUGGAAGAAUAUAAGGACCAGGAAUGGGAAAAACAACAGAGACAGGAGCUGGAGGAACAGAAGUGUCAGGAACACAGACAAGAGCUGGAGAAGAACUGGGAACAGGAGGAGCAAAGACAAGAGCUGGAGGAGCAGAAAUGCCAGGAACAGGAACAACAGAGACAGAAGCUGGAGGAACAGAGGCGUUGGGAACUGGAGGAGCAGAAGCAAGAGCUAGAGGAGCAGAAACACCAGGAAUUGGAAGAGCAGAGGCACAAGGAGCUGGAGGAGCAACAGAGAAAUGAGCUGGAGGAACCGGAGAAGCUAGAGCUGGAAGAACUGACGCAACAUGAGACUGAGAAAUGGUGUCAGGAGGAAGAGGAAAGAAACCAGAUGGAGGAACAAAAAGAACUAAUGGAACAAAAUAAGGAAGAAAAAGAGAGACGAGAACUAGAAGAGAAAGAGCUUCCAGAAGCUGAAAUGAAACUGAAGCAAGAGAAAGAGUUUGAGGUACCCAGCCAACAGAAGGAAGAGGAAGAAGAAAGACAGCAUUUGAAGGAGAGAGAAGAGACAGAGGAAGAGCAACCCCAGCAGCUUCUGGAGAAGAAACAGAGGCGGGAAGAGCCGAGAAAACAUAAACUCACCAAACAAAUGCACUUGGAAAGUACAGACUUUGUGCAACAAGAUGAACUGAAACAGCAAAAGGAACAAGAGUGGAACAAGCUGGAAGAGCAGAAAAUAGACACAGAAGGGCAAAAUCUUCCUCAAAAGCAACAGGAAAAUUCCUUGGAGCAGCAAAAUGACAAGAAUGAGCUGUGUUCUGUGGGGGCUGAUAGGAAUCAAGGAGAUGACAAGCUCCAGGAAAGACCAAGACCGCAAAAAAUCAAACAGCCAGAAAAAGGGAGUAAAACAGUAGAAGAAAUCCUGGCCCAGAAACUGAAGAGAGAAGUUGAUGCUCAAGAACAAAAGCGAAUAGGGGAAGAACUUAGGUGGCAGGAGGUAGAUGAAAGACAAACUGCAUCCAGACCCUUCACAUUUCAAGUGUCUUCUGGAGAUAAACAGAUCAUAUUUCAGAAAGUAAAUCUGAGUCCAGUCACGCCUGCCAGAGGAGCAGGACUGUCUUCUCCAUCCGUCAAAGAUAGCAUGAUGCACACCUCCAGCAAGGGCUCUCAUACGCUCCCAUCAUCUGUGUGUGUACCCCAUACAGCUAUUCUGGUUACUGGAGCACAGCUGUGUGGCACAGCAGUUAACCUGAACCAGAUAAAGGACACAGCUUGUAAAUCAUUGCUUGGCUUAACAGAAGAGAAAAAAAAUGUGGAUAUUCCUUCACCAGAAAAGGCCCAGAAAAAAUCUCCAGGUCCCAAACCCAGCAGCAGUAAAAUCAAAUACACACAAGAGGCAUUGGACCAAGCCACAUUAGCUGAGUGGGCCUCUAUCCGUUCUAGAAUCUUAAAGAAUAAAGAAAAUGGCAAAUACAAUGAGAAAGACAGAGUAAGUGCCUGCAGACACAGUGAUGACUGGACGCCCCGGGGACGAGGUUCUCCCCAUGGUAACUUGAGGAAAACCCUAUCUGCAAAUGCAAAGUUCUCAAUAACACCAGCGUGGCAGAAAUUUUCAGAAGCUUCCAAAACCAAUUCAGGCACUGAGAAUGUAAGUGCAGCAAAAUGCAAUGAAAAAGUGGCUGUGGGAAGAAACAUUGGGUCAUGCACUGAUGCAAAUGAGGAUGUAGUGUCCGCUUUAAAGGAUAACUUAUCUGAAAUGGCUAAAGAGAAAAUAGAAACACACAGCGAAAUUACAGACAACACAGAAGGUUGUAAAUUUGCAAAAGAUCUUCCAUCUUUUCUUGUUCCAAGUUUUCCUCGUUCUCCAGGUAAGGAGGUACCCCAGUCUGAACUUCCAGGUGCUCUGGAAAAUCAGCAGAACAACAGCACCAAAAAACCAGAUAAACCAGCACCAAAUGGAGAAGAAAAUGUUUCUCCCUUUGGGAUAAAGUUACGGAGGACAAACUAUUCUUUACGUUUCCAUUAUGAUCAACAGGCAGAGCAGAGGAAAAAGAAAAGGUACAGUGCAGGAGACAGUUUUGAUGGUGUGCCUGACCCACUACUCACAGCUGAUGGUGAACAGGAAUCUGCUGUUCUUGCUACACAGGAGAGUACAUCCCCUGGUAUAGGGAAAGCAAACGUCCAUGGGAAUUUAAAAGACUCAAAAGAUUCUUCAUUUACUAUGUUGGAGACUUCACAACAAGUGGGCACACCACUGCCAGCCACCAGCCAGAGCGCUUUACCUCCUCAUGAGAAACCAGCAUGCAAGUCGCUCUUCCCACAGAAACCUGCCUUAGCUCCAAAGCCUGCCAGCCAAACACCUCCAUCAUCUCCUCUCUCGAAAAUGAACCGAUCACACCUGGCUGAUACACUGGGGCAGAGGUUUGUUAAGGCUGAAUCGGAUGGGGGCUGGAGAAAAGAUGACAGAGCGGUGCCUCCGGUGGCACCAAACGAGAGCAAAAAUGAAGAGGAAGAAAUCAGAGAAAAGAAGUCGUUUUUUCCAUCUCUGAGUAUUCCCUGGAGAGAAAAAAAUGACAAAAAGCCUGAGCCAUUGAAGAAAGAAAAACCAGUCCUGCAGAGCAGACACUCUUUGGAUGGCUCUAAAUUGAUGGAAAAAGUUGAAACUUCACAACCACUGUGGAUCACAUUAGCGCUGCAAAAACAGAAGGGAUUUCGUGAGCAGCAAGCUACUAGGGAAGAGAGGAGACAAGCCAGAGAGGCAAAGCAAGCAGAGAAGCUGGCUAAAGAAAAUGCUGCUGUAAGCAAUCAAUCAGAUAAUAAAAGCAGCAGCAGCAAAACGAGCACACUGCAGAAAUCUACACCUCAAGAAGGGGAGAAGAAAAUUGAGACGGCUGUGUCAAGACUAGAACGAAGGGAGCAGCUGAAGAAGUCUAACACCCUUCCAACUUCUGUGACAGUGGAAAUUUCAGAUUCUGUUUCACCAACACCACUGGCAAAAGAGGUGGCCAAGAGAUUCUCCACACCUGAUGCAAACCCUGUGUCAACAGAACCAGCCUGGCUUGCACUGGCCAAGAGGAAAGCAAAAGCUUGGAGUGACUGUCCACAGAUCAUAAAAGUUGGUCUCAGGAAGUUCCCACAGGAGCAAGACCACAUAACUGAAGUUAAAGUUAACUGAGACCUGAAAGCUAGGUCAAUGAACAUCUCUAGAGUUUCAGCUCUGCAUUUCUCCUGGUUUUACUUCACAUGCAACUUUGGGUAUUUCAGGUAAAUUCCUGCACUUUGACCAAUACAGACAGCACACUUUGAAAAGGUUUACUUACCAUCCUUAAGUGAGCACUGACUUACUGCCCACAGUUCACUUACCUGCUGUGGCAGAUACUUUAUUACUUCUCUGUACCUAAAAUAGUGGUGUUCACUGCCUUCCUCUUGCAAAAAAAGGAUAAAGUCCAUAAUAUAAUAAAAAUUUUAUUAUCCUUAAUAUCCCAUGGAAAUAGCUAUGUCUAUGUUUUUAAAAGUCACCCUAGUUAACAAACCUGUAACAUGCCCAGCAAGGUUUUACAAGGCCGUAUUCAAUAAAUUUGAUGAUCUCUUAGUAAUGGUAAGGCUCAGAGGCACUUUAGGCCUAAUGCACGAUAAAGAGUGAUAAUUUUGAUGGAAAGAAGUUGUAUCGUUAUAGAAUGAUACCAUGUGCAUUUCAUGGAAAUACUUUAGCCAAACUGCUGUAUGCAGCAUGAGCAGCAGCACUUUAAAUUAUGCAGAAAACAGAAUGAAAUCUGCCAUGAAUUCCCAUCCCAAGAAUCAAAAAGGGCUCGAUGGUAAAAUUGUUACUGAACACCCUGUUUCCCAUCAAACAGAAAGUAGCAAAGGUUUGCUACUGUGGUUACAACAGCACAAACACAUGGGACAUGGUAGAUGGAGAUGAUGAGAACACAGCAAGACUGUUUUUUUGAGCCUCCUAAGCCAUCACUUUUGCUCAUUUUCAUAUUUAAAACCCAAACCUGUGAAGUAAUAUUUUUUCCAUUAAUGUAAGUAUUUAGAAUCUUUUAUACAGAGAUGAGGCAAUGCUGUUCUCAAACAUUUGGGAAAAAAAAAACACUUACUGCUACAUAGUAAAAUCUCUGCAAAGAAUUUUCUGAGGAAAGAAUCUGGCCCUUAAUUAUUUCUGCUAGCAGCAUGAAUUACUACUUCUUAAAUCUAUUCUUUUUGUGAAUUUUGUAAGCCUGCAAUAUGUAUUUAUAGUUACAAGAACUAAACUGCCUGAAAUCUGUCUUUAGGAUUAUUCCUUGGGAUAGGGAUACAGGUUUAAUACAGAGAAGGUGAAGUAAAUCAGGAUUGAAGUAUUCCAGACAGCAUAGCAUAAUGAGGUGCUAUUGUGUGUGACAUAACGAUGCAAUUUUCCAAUACAAUACACUUAAAGCACAUAGAACAGAGCUUUUGUUAAGGAAAGUCUUAAGCUUAAGCUUCAAACCAGAUUGUUUUUUCAACCAUAAAGGUAUCUAGUGUAAUUCAGAUUGUACGUGUAUUACGUACAGAACCUGAUGGAAACAUUUCUAAAACAUACAUGUUCAACAGUGACAUUUCAUGAUAAACUAACAAAAAUUUGCACUAAAUACCAAUGAAGUGAAGUGUUACUUUGCUUUAGCUUUGUUGCAGCUGUUUCUGAUAAAGUGUUGGAAAUCUGUUUAAAAACAACAACGCAACAACAAAUAAAACCCAACCACCACAAACCAUUACUUCCGACUUUAAAACACAAAAAUGUUUUAAAAACCAAACAAACCACUAUGUAGUAUAUUGUCUCAAUUUUUGUAACUUAUACACAUUAAUAGCAUUUCUUCUGACCAGGUUAUAUAUGAUUAACCUCUAUGUUCAUAUAGUAAUGUAUAAAAAAACCUAUAAGAUGUAUAAUUGUGGGGUAUUUGUUGUGUACUUUUUUAAUUUUUCAAAUGUUUUAAAGUGCAAUUGUUUAUUAUACUAAUGUCAUUUUAAUUCUAAUUAAACUAUAACCCAGUCAAAAUUAUCAGGGAUGUAUCAA